AUGGCCGGCGGGGGCAUCGUCUUGUGCCGCUGGGCUGUGCACGGGCAGGCAAAGGGCUGCUGUGGCUGCUCGUCAAGUUUUCAGGUAACUUUAUCAGCCUUAACUGCCUGUCCCCAAACUACUGCAGAUAAGAAGAAUGUGGAAUCCCGCACGGAUCACAUCUUGGAAAUGGGUGCCAGACACCUGAAGAUAGUCAUCCAGCCGGGAGAAGGGGACCUGAGCAAGAGCCAGUUUACAGAGCAAGCCUCCCCCAGCUACUCCGUCCCUUCCAGCUCUUCCUCACCUCAGCAGGAGGAGCUGGCAGCCAAAGACCAUGGAGACAUGGCGGGGGGAGGUCGUAUCAAAAAAAUAUUUCUCACAGUAUCUGCAACUUUGAAUACCAGUAUGUUCACCGAACAGCAAAGGGAGAAAAUUGCCAUUAUAUGUCCAAACUUAAAAAGAGAAGGAAAUCCUGAUAUUGAUGGCUCUGAGAAAUUGACGGGAGAUUUUACAGAUAUUGAAAAAGCUUAUCGCUACUUUAAGGAUAUCCUUGCAGGCAGUGACCCAAACCACGAUUUUUCACAUUCUGAAAGUAAGAAUGGUUUCAAAGAUGAAAAUUGUCUGAAUACUGAAGAAAUGAAUGAGGUUAUAGUUGUGUCAGCUCUCUAUGAAUAUUUCAGUCAUGCCUGCAAAAUACAAAUCAAGGAACUAUGUGAACGUUUUGAAGUGCGUAUAAGAAGUAAAGAUCAUCACAAUGGAAACACAUCAAUAUGCUUCACUUCUGAUAAAAAUCCUGCAUCAAUACAAGAAGCUAAUGAUCAUUUUAUCAGAACUUUUCAGAAAAGUGUAGGAGAUCUGAAACAGGAAAAAAUUCCCAUACCAAACAGAUACACAUUAAAUGAGACCAUAAUGAUAUUAAAUGCCAGGUUCAGUAAUCUUCUUGCCAAAGAGGAAGGGAAUCAGUUGCUUCUCCGUGGUCCAGCAAGUGAGAUUUCAGCUGCCAAAAAGUUUCUAGUAGAUGAAGGUGAGAACAGCCAAGCUGAAAAGAAUAUGAAAAUAUCAUCUGAACUGUACAAAUACAGGAAUGGAAUCGAAGUUGAUGCUUCUGUGUUUAAAUUGUUGGAAACAAUAUUAAGCAAAGAAAUUGAAGGCUUUAAAGACAAAUUUGAUACGGUAGUAGAAAAGAAAUGCAGUUCGUAUGGCCGGAAAAUGCUCAUAAUAUUUAGACCUAGGGUCAAAACUUCUGAUAUGUCUUCACACGCUACUGAAAGUUUCAUCAAUGCAUUUCAGAGUGCCUCUGCAAUGUUAAAAGAAAAACUCAUCAGCUGGAAGCUUUCAGAAGAUCAGAAGAAAAGAUUAAAUAUGCUACUUAAUGGAAAACAAUUGGAAGAUCUGCAUGUAAAACUUAAGAAGCAGGAAGACAAAUUCAUCUUAAGUGGUUUACCAACCCAUCUCUCUGCUGCUGAAAAGCACAUUAUGAACCUCCUUAACACUGAAGACUCAACACAAACUAAAAAUACGACACCACUGUCCUCUGAUCUCAGCUAUCAAGAAGCUACAGGAGCACCUGAGAAGAAAUACGAUGGCAGGCAAAAGAGUAAUCUUUCUUCCAAAGGACAGUUUAAGGCAAAGACAGAAGAAGAAGAUGAGUGUCCAAUUUGCAUGAGCAGAAUUAAUAAUAAAGAAAUACUGAAAAAGUGCAAUCAUGCAUUUUGCAAAAGUUGCAUCGACAAGGCCAUGACUUAUAAGCAAGCUUGUCCUGUUUGCAAUACUGUCUAUGGAGUCCUGAAAGGAGACCAACCAGAGGGAACAAUGUCAACUAGAGUGACAUCUUCAUCUCUCUCUGGUUACCCCUACUGUGGUACUAUUGAGAUUACAUACAAUAUGCACAGCGGUAUUCAAACUAGCAACCAUCCAAACCCAGGGAAACGUUAUCAUGGAAUUUCUCGAACAGCAUAUUUACCUAACAAUAAGGAAGGGCAAGAAAUUCUGCAGCUCCUCGAACGAGCCUUUAAACAAAAAUUGAUUUUCACGGUGGGGACAUCACGUACUACUGGUGCACAAGGUGUUAUCACAUGGAAUGAUAUUCACCACAAAACCUCCAUGACUGGAGGACCUACCAAUUUUGGUUACCCCGAUCCUGAUUAUCUGCAGCGGGUUCGAUCAGAAUUGAAAGCAAGAGGAAUUGAAUAAAGAAAUUUAUCAACUGUCAGCUCUUACCUGUAAUAACUGAACACAUAGCAAUUAAUUUACUAUCCAGGCACUAAGAAGGAAGAAGCUACUUUGUCAAACUGCUGUACUUGUAUUUCGCAGCUAGCUAAGAAAAGUAAUCUUUUCCCAUCAGACAGUGUAUGUUCUUCUUACACAUCAUCUACUUCCUUGAAUAAUGGUAUGUGUAACCUUUACAGAAUAUCUUGCCGAAUAUCAAAUUGUGUAUCUUAUUUUACCAGUGAAACUGCGCUUUUCCCCACAAGUCUUCAGACUGACCACCAAACCCAAUAAAUCACUACUAGCUUUUAUUCGAUCAAACACUUUACCUUUGUGUUAUUACAUCUGUCAACAUGGAUAGUAUCAUGUAACCCAUCUGCUGGAAGAUUUUUAUGCAGCCAUUACAGUAUCAGCUGUGAUCAGGCUGUGAUCUUUUGCUUCUUUUCCUUUUCGGGGUAGAAAUGGCAUUAGUGGUUUGGGUUUUAAACGUGCAGUUAGCAUGGAUGGGUGGGUGUGUGUGUGUGUGUGUGUGUACAUGGAUGCUGCUGUAUUUUUAACCCCCCCAGAAGUGUUGAAUGCUCAGAGCCGUGUUGGAGCAAAUGGAAAGUAAAGGUGCCUGUGGCCGUCUCUGAUAACAGGGUCCUGGUUGUGUGCCUUCCAUCGUGUUGGAGCUUAAAUACAACUUUUAAGUCAGCUUUGCAACUAUAAAACUAUAUUCUUCCCAUUGCUUCCAAUAUGUGGUUCAAAUUGUAUCAUUAAGAUACUUCUUUGCUACUCUGCACUGUAAUUAGCCUGCUAAUUACCUUUGUGAUGGUGUGGAACAAAUAGCUUUCACUUAAUGCAGCCAUAAUUUUUAGUGAGUUAAACCAUUUUUGUUACG